AUGACCAUCUCUCAUAGGCUGAUUUGCUGCAAAUUGUUGCCGGCAAUCGCCGAGGAGCUCCCUCGAAAGAGGGCCUAUCGCAUCUUUCAUACAGCGGAAGAAAUCCUUCACGAUUUCUGUGCUCAUAGACAGAUAUGUCACGCGGAGAUUGUCAUAUCUAUCCCCAAUAUCGGCAUAUCUGCCCUCGAGACUGGCAUAUCUGCCCCAAAAAUUGGCAUAUCUGCCCUCAAUACUGGCAUAUCUGUCCCCAAUAUUGGCAUAUCUGCCCUCAAUACUGGCAUAUCUGUCCCCAAUAUUGGCAUAUCUGCCAUCAAUACUGGCGUAUCUGUCCCCAGUAUUGGCAUAUCUGCCCUCAAUACUGGCAUAUCUGUCCCCAAUAUUGGCAUAUCUGCCCUCGAUACUGGCGUAUCUGUCCCCAGUAUUGGCAUAUCUGCCCUCAAUACUGGCAUAUCUGUCCCCAAUAUUGGCAUAUCUGCCCUCAAUACUGGCGUAUCUGUCCCCAGUGUUGGCAUAUCUGCCCUCAAUACUGGCAUAUCUGUCCCCAAUAUUGGCAUAUCUGCCCUUAAUACUGGCGUAUCUAUCCCCAGUAUUGGCAUAUCUGCCCUCAAUACUGGCAUAUCUGUCCCCAAUAUUGGCAUAUCUGCCCUCAAUACUGGCGUAUCUGUCCCCAGUAUUGGCAUAUCUGCCCUCAAUACUGGCAUAUCUGUCCCCAAUAUUGGCAUAUCUGCCCUCAAUACUGGCGUAUCUGUCCCCAGUAUUGGCAUAUCUGCCCUCAAUACUGGCAUAUCUGUCCCCCAAUAUUGGCAUAUCUGCCCUCAAGACGGGCAUAUCUGUCCUCGAGAUGUGUCGGGUUUACAAGAGUGCUCGUACCGGACUCCGGUAACCGGAGCAUAUCUCAAGACGACGUACCCGCCCAAUCCGAGGAAAGAUGUGAACGACACGAAGUUACACCACUUCCGAUAA